CGACCUCAUCAUCAUCAUCACUCAGACACCACGGAGCCCCAAAUCUAUUACUACUAGGUCCACAGGACAGCAGACAGUGAGUCCCCAAAACUUCAGACUACAGAACAGCACAGCACGGAGUCCCCAAAGCUGGUGAAGCCAAGCCGUCACAUCACAUCAUCAAGCCCCCCGACAGAACAGUCACCUCGGAGCUUCCACGGCAACCACAGGAGAGACUGAGCCCCACGUCGUCUACUCGGCCUACACGGGGACCGUGAGAGCAGCCGCUGUACCUCCACAACAGCCGGCCAGCCACCAGCCAGCGCAGAUCCCCAUCCCUACAACACCCCGCUAUCAAUCAAUCCUCCAGUAAGCCCCUCUGGCCUUCCCCAAUACAGGACCAGGGAACAGCAGCAGCGACCGCCAUCCAGGCCACAGCAGCCCAUCCGCUCAGCUGAGCCACCAGCUACCCUUCUCCAUUCUCCAGCAGCACCUCUACCUUCAUUACCAGCCAGUAGGGGGCUACAUCUCUACACAGGCAUGUCUAAUUUAAAGGAGAUCUGUUCCGGGCUGCCACUGGACCCCCUCCCUCCGAAUCGCGGCAGGGACCCGUCAGUACCCCACGCCCCCGUGCGAACCCCCAAUCUCAACCCUGAACAGCAGAGGCUAGCAUUGAGGAAUUCUCUGCGCUACUUCCCCCCGUCUCUGCAUGGCGUGCUGGCCCCAGAGUUCGCUCAGGAGCUGCAGCAGUAUGGCCACAUCUACAUGUACCGCUUCUGCCCCACCUACAGGUUGAGAGCCUACCCCAUUCAUGAGUACCCAUGUCGCUCACGGCAAGCUGCUUCAAUCAUGCUGAUGAUCAUGAACAACUUGGACCCUGAUGUUGCACAGUUCCCCCAGGAGUUGGUCACCUAUGGUGGGAAUGGACAGGUGUUCAGCAACUGGGCUCAGUUCCUACUGGUCAUGCACUACCUGAGCCAGAUGACGGAGGAGCAGACUCUGGUGAUGUACAGUGGCCACCCCCUCGGCCUCUUCCCCAGCCUCCCAGCAUCCCCCCGCUGCGUCAUCACCAACGGCAUGGUCAUUCCCAACUACUCAUCCAGAGAGGAGUACGAGAAAAUGUUUGCUCUCGGCGUAACCAUGUAUGGUCAGAUGACAGCUGGAAGCUACUGCUACAUUGGCCCUCAGGGGAUCGUCCAUGGAACUAUGCUGACGGUGUUGAACGCAGGCCGCAGGUACCUGGGCACAGGUGACCUUAGGGGUCGCGUCCUCGUGACCUCUGGUCUCGGUGGCAUGAGUGGAGCGCAAGCAAAAGCUGCUGUCAUCGCAGGAUGCAUAGGGGUCAUUGCUGAGGUAUGACUACAUUACACCACAUCACAUUACAUUACAAUACAUUACAAGCAAAAGUGGCUGUCAUCGCGGGAUGCAUAGAGGUCAUCGUUGAGGUAUGACCACAUACACCACAUUACAUUACCAUAGUAGUGUAUUACAUCAAUACAGUGUAGUGUAAUUUAGAGUAGUAUAGACCUAGUGCAAUGCAAGUUAAUUACAUUGCACUAUACUACAUUACUCUACACUACAUUAUAUUAGAAUACAUCACUUACUAGCAAUAGCCGCUGUAAACGUUGGAUGCAGAGGAAUGACAUUACAUUAC